AUGGAGAUGCAGUUGCCCAUGUGGCUGAUCGAUGGGUUUGAGAAGAGAAUUUGUGCCUUCUUUUGGAAGGCGACUGACGUUGUUAGCGGUGGCCAUUGUCUGGUGGCUUGGGAGCAAGUGUGCAAGCCGUUCGAGUAUGGCGGACUAGGCGUCCUGAACCUCAAGCCAUUGGGCUAUGCAUUCCGGCCGGCCGUGGAGCCUGAGGUGCAGGUUAUUUUUGACUCGUCCAUCAAGGUGAUGCCGGGGAUGGGAGCCCACGCUCCCACCAUCGUCGCUCAAGAAGAAAAAAAAGAAUACACUGCCGCCAGACACACACGUCUCGUCCCCACCUCUUCCCGACCCCUCGCUCCCGAUCUCGUCUCUUUCCUGCCAAAUAUCGUCGCCGCCGGUGAGAGGAAGGAGCGCAGCGGAGGCACCGAGGAGGAGGGGGUCGCCUCGCUCGCUUCUGCUGACGUCGAUCAUGCCCACUGCGGCGGGCGCGGCGAGGCGAGCCCCAAGCCGCAGGACACCGGGCACGGCCACCCCCGCUGCCGCCGCCGCCGCAGGGACAUGAAGAGCAGGGCCGCGGGAGUUGGCGAGGGCUCCGAGGAGGGAUCCGGCCCCGAUCCUGACCCGCAGCCCCAGGUGGAGGUGGAGUACGUGCCGGAGAAGCCCGACCUCGGCGCCGACCAUCCCCGCCUCCGCGCGUGUGUCUUCGUUGCCAUCCGGUGCAGACGCCCAUCCCGCGCUACCUGCAAUGACAGAUUGAUGCCUUAUUCCCGGACUGGGUCUUGUGACAAUAAACCUGGAGACAUACAAGAUCGAUGAGAUGUGAUCGUUGGUACUCCC